AUGGCACUCACGACGACUUUCCUCCGACUGGCGUCCGCGCUUUUGUUCAUCCAAUCGGUCGCUGCUCUUCCUCAGGCUGAAGUCGAAGAUACCACCAGUGUCACAGUCGACGUCUCAGCAUCAGAGGAAUUGCCAGUUGCAUCGCCUUCGCCUUCCGCCUCUGCACCAGCAGAUGAUGAGGAUCCCGUACCCUCCGAGGUAGCUGCAAACUUGACGUUCGCUGCCGCGGCCCCUGCCACCCUAGCAUCGAUUGGCUAUCUCGACGUUACCUAUUGGCAGGGCGCCCACUACAGCUGCAAGUGCUACCCCGGCGAGCUCUGCUGGCCAUCCCAGAUCCGAUGGGGCCUCCUGAAUGCCGCUGUCGAUGGCAAUCUUCAAGUUGUCGUCCCCGACGCUGCUGUCUGCUACAACAACUACGAGGGCCAGAACCUGUACGAUGCUGCCGCCUGCGCCGAUGUGCAGCAGGGCUGGACUAACGAGGACUGGGUUUCCAGCCGCCCCAUCGCUGCCCACUGGAUCUACUGGACCAACACGACCUGCAUGCCCACUGAUGAUCCCAAUGGCUCCUGUACCACCGGUUUCUUGCCCGAGUAUGUUAUCAUGGCGAAGAACAGGAACCACGUCAAGGCCGGUAUCGACUUUGCGCGCUUGCACAACCUCCGGCUCCUCAUCCGCAACACUGGCCACGAUUUCAUGGGAAGGUCUUCUGCCUACGGUGCUCUCGCUAUUAAUACCCACAGCCUUAAAGAGGUGACCUUUACCGAUCGUUACACCGGCCCUGGCGAUUGGACUGGAGGUGCUGUCACCAUUGGUGCGGGUGUUCAGGGACGUGAACUCUGGCAGUUGGCCAACCAGCAAAACCCCCCUGUCGCCAUUGUCACCGGAGAGUGCCCUACUGUCGGUUUCGCUGGUGGAUUCAUCCAAGGAGGUGGCCAUGGCCCACUUUCGUCUAUCUACGGAAUGGCCGUGGACAAUGUCCUCUCUUUCGAGGUCGUCACUGCCGACGGUCGAUUCGUCACUGCCAACUCUCGUCACAACUCUGAGCUCUUCUGGGCUUUGAAGGGUGGAGGACCUUCGACCUUCGCCGCCAUCAUCUCCGUCACCGUCAAGACCUUCCCCGAUACCCCUGCAGCGGGUGCCACCUUCUACCUCAACUGGACCCACACCUUUGACGAGGAGGUCUUCUGGCAGGGCUUCUCCACUUUCCACAACCGCGCCAACUACUGGGUCGACAACGGCAUGUACGCCUACUACGAACUCUUCCCAUCCCUCUUCCGCGUCCAGCCCUUCGUCGCUCCCCAGAAGAACGCCUCCGCCCUCGCAGCCAUCAUGCAGCCAUUCUACGACGAGCUGAAUGCUCUGGGAAUCCCCUACGAGUCCCAGAUCUUCGAGUUCCCCACCUACUUCGACCUCUACACUGCGAUGUUCGAGGACGAGUUGGCUGGCUCUAACGUGAUCGUCGGCGGCCGUGUCUUCACUCGUUCGGAUAUCGAGGACCACGCCGACGAGAUUAUCGCAGCCAAGCGGAGCAUCAUCCACCAUGGCAUGAUUGGACACAUCGUUGGUCCAGGUGUUGGCGUCGCAUCUGCCGACAACGCCGUCAACCCUGCGAUCCGCCAGGCCUCCUCCUUCACUAUCACCAUGAACCAUGCCACCACCGGCAUGACAUGGGACGAGCGGCUCGCCGCCGAGAGUUACUUGACUGACCACAUUGACGGCCCUUUGCGUGCGGCCAGUCCGAACGGCUUCGCGUAUGUCAGCGAGGGUAACCUCCAGGAGCCCAACUGGCAGACUGCCUACUGGGGUUCCAACUACAACAGGUUGAGGCGAAUCAAAUCCAUCUGGGACCCCUUGGGAGUCUUCUACGCUCGCACUACCCCCGGUACCGAGAACUGGGAGGUCAUCGACUAUGGCAGGAAGUUGUGCAGGAAGUUGUAG